AUGUCAACAUACAAGACCUACGGGGAAUCCUUUUAUCAGCUAGGAAUCUCGCCUAUACGAUUUAUUCUCCUCGCAAUGGGCAGCGGUCUUGCCGCCAGUUAUGCCCAUAUAUUCAAUGCCAGGCACCGGCGCGGGGCCAAAAACAUGGUGGAAAGAACCGCUGUAGGGGCCAGCGGCGUUCUGACCGGCCUUGGAACAGCGCUGGCGUGCAUGUUUCCCACGCUUGAGGUUCGCCUCUCUGGAGCGAACCAGAUGCUUCCGCUGCGCGUCGUCGUCCUAGGCAUGUUCGCCGUGGAUGCCUACUGCUUGGGUACCGACCGAGAAACCGGAGUAGGGCACGCUGGACACAUUGGUGGUGCCCUCUUUGGUCUGACGUACUUCCUGUGGAGGAAAGCUACGGGAGCUCGGAAUUUAUGA